UUGACGAUAAAACUGCAAUUUCUCACGGAAUGGUUCAUUUCGACUUGAAACACCCGUUGAGGAACCUAACGUGCAGAAAUUCCUUUUGGAUACAAGCCAAUAAGAUGAAAUUGCUGAAAGAAAUGUGGAAGAGUGUCUCCACAAACAUGGAAGGGACUUUUCCUCAACUUAUUGGUGUUGCCAUGGUGUUGGCGCCCAGGAACCCUCCCCAAAGUAUGAGCAGCAUGCCAGGUGUCGUCCCCCAAGCAGCCCCCACCAGGCUGCCCUUGACGACCCCCACCAGGCUGCCCUUGACGACCCCCACCAGGCUGCCCUUGACGACCCCCACCAGGCUGCCCUCGACGACCCCCACCAGGCUGCCCUUGACGACCCCCACCAGGCUGCCCUCGACGACCUCCACCGGGCUGCCCUUGACGACCCCCACCGGGCUGGCCUCGACGACCCCCACCGGGCUGCCCUUGACGACCCCCACUGGGCUGGCCUCGACAACCCCCACCGGGCUGCCCUCGAAGGCCCUCACCAGGCUGCCCUCAACGACCCCCACCAGGCUGCCCUCGAAGGCCCCCACCAGGCUGCCCUUGAUCAUCCCCCAGAUGGCCUCCAAGGGGAGGUUAGGGUAUGAGCCCCAGCCUCCCACCCAAGCCAAGCCUCAAGGCCACAAGCGCCGCUCCGGCCGCCGACUGAAGCUGUCAGAGAUGGACCUGUCCAGGGAGACCUACCAGCACCCCAUCCUGAGCUCGUUCGGUGGCACCACCCUACCAGACUGCAGCAGCAAACCCCUGACCCUUGUGGGUCAGAAGAUCUUCCCCCUCCUGCCUGAGAUCCAGCAGCGGGGGGACUUCAAGUAAGCCCACAGUUCAGGGCCCCCCUCCGGUCUGGGCGUCCCUCUUUCCACCCUGCAGGCCCUUAUCAUGGUCUCUCUGGUCUGUCCGUCUCUCUCCAGGCCAGAGCUUAGGGACGCCCCCAGGGUCCGACCGGGGGGGAGGGAACACACGAGGAGCAGAACCCUAACAUUGCAUAGGAAGACUGACGACAGCCGUAUCACCAUGAUCAAUCAGUCCAAUGAUUGGUAGUGCUGCGGUCUGCUCACUUCCUGGUCAAGGUCGUGCCAACAUUAGGCCCGUCUGACCUCAAGUGCUAUGUCCGGGAGAAGCGAGUGAGACAACAGGACUCAGGCAGAACACCCCUCGAAGUCCAAAACACACACACACGUCUGAGGUGUGAAGAAAUAUGAGUGGGCAUAUUUUCAUUAGCAUUAAACAUGAAGACUGCCUCCAGACCUAUCAGCAGAGCUGAGUUCUCAGAGCGUCGCUUGGAGGAGAACCCGGACCCCUAGGGGUCCAUGUUCCACCCAAAGUCAGCUUGAGAACACCAGAAUCCUGACUGGUAAUGGACUCAACAGUACCACUCAGCCGACCCUGCUGUGUGGUGUGUGUGUAUGUGUGUGUGUGUACCAGUGGGGCAUGGCUUCUCAAGAUCUAGGGCCAUUUUGAGCCCCUGCACUGAGGUAAGUAGCUGCCAUGGCAACUGCGCGGUUGUUGUCACAAGGGCCUGUCGAGGGUUCCUUUUUGUAGCAGUGAAGAGGUGGCUCUAAUGUAAAGUAAGGUUACAGGUUAGUAUACCCUCAGGCAGCUACACCUCCCGCCCCCCGUCCCCUCUGACCCCGUAAUCACAGUGAGUGCGGUCAAGAUGUUUGCAGUUGUGGUUUGCGGUCUUGCUGCUGGGAAAUGGUGCAGUAUAUCCACCAAGGCCAUAAUCUGCUGUGGAUGUAAGAUUUCCUUCCCAAAAGCAGUUCGGGUUCCCCUCACCCCCUCCCUUCAUACCCUUCUUGGGAAGCUGGAACAGGAUGGCAGAUGAAGAGAGACCACCCCCCCACCACCAAUACCCCCCCCCCCAGGAGAACGUGGCCAUGUCUGAACCCUAGAAAACAACAAGCAAGGAAAUGCCUUUCUGCUUUUUGUUAAGAGUCAGCACUAUUGGACAACACCAGAUUCAGAGCCACAGAGAAGAUCCAACUCCAACUUCAUCAUAAAUAUUUGUUUAAACUCUGAAAUAAAUGUAUUUAAAUGU